AUGACGGAGGUGUCCCCCACUCCGAGGGAUGAGCUCUUAAGCCGACAGCCAUCCACCUUGUCGUCGUUGAUCGCAGGCUCCGCGGGUGGAAUGGCUCAAGUAGGUCAGAACGGUGAACAGAGCUCACCAAUACGGCACCCACGCUAACUUGCCUCGUCCCCAUCUUCUUCAGGUCUUGGUCGGACAGCCUCUUGUGAGCAUCGACGUGUCCUCUUCCAGGCAACCACUACGAGCUCGAAGUUACAUGCCUGGCUCACGCUCGCUCGAUUGGCGCUCCACUUUUUCCCAGGACACGAUCAAAACCCGUGCCCAGACGGCGCCCCGUGGGGCUUUCAAAGGGCCACUUGAUAUCGCUCUGCAGACCAUCAAGAAAGAGGGAAUAUUGGCCCUGUAAGUCAACGAGCGUCGUAUCUAAGACCCGACUGAAGCAUCGGCUCUUUGAUCCCGAAGCUUGCCACUUAUGCCCCAUUUCGGCUCACUUAUAUUCAGGUACAAGGGCAUGGUCUCGCCGCUGAUUGGUGUGGCAGGUGUCAAUUCGCUUCUAUUUGGUGCAAAUCAACAAGCGAGGAAGCUUGUCUCGCCGUACCCGGAUUUGUCGCUCGCUCAAGUUGUCGUCGCUGGGGCCAUGGCAGGAGCGGCUCAAUCCGUCCUCGCCAGUCCGGUCGAGAUGUUCAAGGUAGGUGGCCGCCGGGCUCCUCGAGUUGAUAGGCUUUCCUGCCUUUCUCCAAUUGAAUCGAAUCACAUUCACUUUGCAGGUUCGAAUGCAAGCGCAGUAUGGUCCGAAUCCAAAACGGUUGCGGGAAACUGUCGGCGAAAUGCACCAGAAGUGGGGGUGGAAGCGAGGCAUCAUGAGGGGAUACUGGGUGGGCAGUCAAAAGUCUACGUUUAUGUACUGGGCAGCCUUCGCUGAUCCACAAUGUGCCUCCUCUCUUGACUUCAGAUCACCGUCUUGCGUGAGAUCCCAGGUCCGUUCCCCUCCGUACUUUCACGCGAAAAGAAACAUCUCUUGACCUUUCUCUCGAUUCAUUUCGCAGCCUACGGAGGAUUCUAUCUCGGUGAGCUAGAAGGUUGUCCCCAUCAAUUUACUUCUUAACAGAGAGCUCAUGCAUGGCGCUCAACGCUCGUGCUUGCCCACAGGAUACGAGUACUCGAAGCGAACGUUCCAAACCUCACUCCACACCACCGAACUGCCCGUGUGGGCAACACUGACGUCGGGCGCGGUGGGCGGAAUCGCGUAUUGGACAGCUUGGUAUGUCCUAUUCACCCGCAAAUCCGAGUACUGGAACAAGCUGACUGAUGGUGCUUGUCUCUGGCCUGGCUGUGCUCGUUUGCCUACCCUUGACUCGCCACAGCUAUCCGCUCGGUGAGUCUUACCGGUUCGCCUAAUGACCCCAUUAGCUCAUGUGUUCUCUUCCUUGUUUAUUUCUCGCGCCCAAACCCUUUCAGACGUGGUCAAAUCCCGGAUACAGCUCCAAGAUCAACCUCCCCGGGGAAUCAACUAUAUCACUGCGACCUUUGCCAAAAUUUACAGAGAAGAAGGCUCGAGCGCAUUCGUAAGGGGGAUCACACCAACGUGUAAGCUCGCUUCACAAUUUUGGGCGGCGAGGUAAUUGUCAAGUGUAUGGCUUUGCUGAUUUAUUCGGUUUGGGCGCCGGCCCAUUCGUUUGUAGAUAUCCGAGCGUAAGUGAUCCGUUGGGCGGGCCGAGAGCAAGCGGCUGGGUAUUCUUUUGCGAAUUGCUGACGCCCCACGCCCCCCUGUGCCGUUUCCCUCAGUGUACCCGCCGCCGCUUCCACAGUGAGUCUAGGCGACGUAUUUUUGAAUAUUGUUUCGAGUACUGUAUGUUUAACAUCGAAUGCCCUUUCGCUGCAGUUCGUCGCGUUCGAGAUCGUCUCGUCGCUUUUGCAGAAGCACACCACGCUCUGA